AUGGGGGGAGGGCCUGCUUUUUGCUGUAGGGCUGGCUGGGUGAGAGACAUCGAAUGGGCCUCUCAGGGUCUCGGUGAGAAGGUCGGUUCACGUCUGCUGUUGGCGGCUGAUACUGCUAGCUCUGAGUACACGUUUGGGUAUGGCGCUGGUGCCACGAGCAUCAAAGAGAGAUAUUCGACUGAUGAGGUUGAACGCAUUUAUGUUGCAUGCCGUGGCUCUCCUGGAUGCUCAGUGGAAUGGCAACGGGUGGAA